UGACGUAAGGUUAGGGGAUACCAAUCCCUCCCAGGGCCUCAGUGCACGCCCUGCUCACUAGAUUGCGCCUUACUCCUCGAAUCUCUGGCCCUCUUCCCCCAUGGCCAGCAAUCCCCCCGUCUCUUCCUCCUCAGCCUCCUCUGAGCCCUAGCGAGUACCAGCUCAGCUCCAGAUCAUGACGGACGCGCCGCAGGGGCGCGGCCGGAGGCACGGCGGCGGCAGGGCAGCGCGCGUGCGUCCCCGCGGCUGGUGCUGCUCCUUCGCCGGCGCGCCGCAGAGCCCCGACCUCCGCCCGCUCCCCUCUGCCACGGCGGUCGCGUCCCCGGGUGGGGGUGGGGGUGGAGGUGGCGGUUGGGGCAGGAAGCUCCCGCCCAAGUCCCCGUCCGCGCCGUCCUUCCACGGCUCGCCGACGUCGUCGAGGCUGGCCGGCCUCGGCGGGCUCAUCGACCCCCGCCGCAUCCUCUCCCCUGGCCGCGUCUCCCCCAUCGACCUCGACGGUUCGGUCCCGCCUCCCCUCCCGCUCCCGCUCCCGCUCCCGCCGCCGUUGCCGCCCGCGGAGGAGGCGGCGGACGUGUUCCCCACGGAGCAGUCGUCGGCGGUGGCGCUGCUGGUGGCCGUGCGGGAGGAGGGGGAUGUCAGUGGUUCGUUGGAUCUGAGGCUUUUUCUGCGAGGGAGGGACGGGAGGUGCGUGCUCAUGGAGCUGGACUCCAGGGUGCUGUGCUGCAGCAGCGCCUUCUUCGCUGCCAUGGCGCCGGCUGAGGGCGCCGUGGCUGGUGAUGGAAGUGGCGGGAAGAGGAUUGAGGUGGACGGGGUGGACAAUGUGGAGGUUUUCAGGGCAGCGGUGGAGCUCAUGUACGAGCCUGAUCCAAUGCGGUGGCUCGCCGCUACUGGUGUGUCACGGGCCAUCGAUGUGCUUGAGGUAUGUUCCUCGAUCAUGUUUGACAGAGGAAUCAAAUUAUGUUUGACAUACAUAGAAGCAGUUCCCUGGAGUGAGAAUGAGGAGGAGAAGCUGAAGAGCCUAUUUGCAAGAUGCACUUUUGAUGAAGUGAUAUCCCAGGACAUACUGGCAAGGUUGCGGCCGCACAGCUGGAACAGCUCAGAAGACCUCACUGUGCAGCUUAUCCAAUCUGUCACUAGCAGCAUCAACAGUGGGGCAAGAAAAGACAUGCAAUCUUUGGUAAAUGGGCUACUAAGCAAAAGUUCAGUUUAUCAAAAAGACUUAUCAGGGCUAAACAAAGAGAGCCUGUAUCAGAUCUGUUAUUCAUGUUUGGAGUCACUGGUUGAUCUCUUUGAAGAAGCCAUAGAGUCAACAGAUGACAAAAGUCAGGCAGUGGUUGUUAGGGGGAGUAAACCAUUGAUUGAGCGAGUCUCAAGCCAGACAGAGAACCUGAAUUGGCUCUUAGAUAUUCUUGUAAACAAUGACAUGGCAGAAGAGUUUGUAGAAUUGUGGGCAAAGCAGGACAGGCUCAUCAGGAUGCAUGAGCAAGUAUCACCGAUGAUCAGGUAUGAGCUAAGCCGAAUAUCAUCCGGCGUGUUUGUUGCACUUGGCAAAGGAAGAGUGCAAUGCCGCGGCGACGUACGAAGCCUCCUCUUUCAUGGAUGGUUCAGCACAAUGUUGUUGGAUUUUGGCUGGCUUCAGCGUUGCUCCAAAGGUCUAGAUUUAAGAUCAUUGGAGGAGAAUUUAGGGCGAGGCCUUCUAACCCUCCCUCUGAGGCAGCAGCAAUGUUUGUUUGAGGAAUGGUUCCAGUUUUAUGUGUCUAGAGGAGCCGAGUGUCCGAACCUUAUUAGAGCUUUCCAGGUAUGGUGGAGAAGGUCUUUUGUCAGAUAAUCGAUAAAAGCUCGACGCCAAGGUUUUUCUUGUUCUACUACUAUGUGUUGUGCGUAUCAUGUGUAAAAUUGGAACUGUUGUGAUAACCCGUAGAGACUAAUGUUGUUUACAGUAGUUUAGCUCUUCCCGUUGUAUGUGCAUAGCUGGGUGAAUUUUAUUUGAGGAAUGGAUAGCUGUGAUGUGUGGUUUAGCAGGAGAUGGCAUCGUUCUAUAACUUGAUAUUUGUUUCCUUGAUCGAAGCAAUUGAUCCCCUCCUGUGAAUUAGAUAUUGAAGGGUUAAAAUGGA